GCCGCUCUGGACCAAUCAGAUUCUCCUGACCUAUUAUGGUAAUGGCCGUGACAGGCUGCUACCCAGGAUGCAUUGCGUUUUGAGGCUGGUCUGCUAGAGCUAAGAUGACCGACUUUGAGGAACCGCUCUCCGACGAGGAGAAGGUCCGCAUAGCAGCUAACUUUGUUACCCAUGCUCCACCUGGCGAGUUCAAUGAAGUCUUCAAUGAUGUGCGGCUUCUCCUCAACAAUGACAACCUCCUCAGGGAGGGGGCAGCACAUGCUUUUGCCCAGUAUAACAUGGAUCAAUUUACCCCUGUAAAACUGGAAAAUUCGGAGGAGUCGGUUCUGAUUACAGAGCAUGGGGAUUUGGGUCAGGGACGCUUCUUUGACCCGCGAAGCCGCAGGUCGUUCCGUUUUGAUCACCUGCGUAAGGAGGCUAGUGAUCCGCAGCCCUACCAGGGUGAGACCGCGCUGCACUCCUGGAGAGACGCCUGCGACACUGCACUUAGUGCCUACGUCAAGGAGCAUUACCCUACUGGAGUGUGCACGGUAUAUGGAAAAACAGUGGACGGUCAGAAAACCAUUAUUGCCUGCAUCGAGGGACAUCAGUUUCAGCCUAAAAACUUCUGGAAUGGGCGCUGCAGGUCAGAAUGGAAGUUCACCAUCAACCAGCCUUCCUCUCAGGUGGUGGGGGUGCUGAAAAUCCAGGUGCAUUAUUAUGAGGAUGGCAAUGUGCAACUGGUCAGUCAUAAAGAGGUGGAGGAGUCCAUCAGAGUUACUGAUGAAGAGUCAACCGCCAAGGAAUUUGUAAAAAUCAUUGAAAAUGCAGAGAAUGAUUACCAGACGGCCAUCAGUGAGAACUACCAGACAAUGUCGGACACGACCUUCAAAGCUCUGCGCAGGCAGCUCCCCGUCACCCGCACCAAGAUCGACUGGAACAAGAUUCUCAGCUACAAGAUCGGCAAGGAGAUGCAGAAUGCCUAGAACGUGCCUGGUUCCAGCUCUCUUCCUCUCUCAAUGCAGAACCGGUCAAAAAGAAAACCACAUGCUGUUUGCUAACCAGAGGGAGACCCCCCCCACCCCUGAAAAAAAUGAAAACAUUUAAAACAACAAAAAAAAAAAACAAAA